AUGGAUAACUCAACCAUUUUGUUUGAUUCUUGUAAAAUCAUUAUUAAUAAGUUACGGUUAUAUCUAUCCAAAAAAAACCGUACGAAUAAAAGAUUUGAUUGGUUUAGAUGUAAAACAUUGUUUGUAGAACUCGAACAAUUGGAUGAAUGUAGAAAUAUACAAUAUAGUUACAUUACUUUAAUAUACUCGGAUUCCUUUUAUGAUGAGUAUCAAUUUGCGAAUAUUUUCAACUGCCUAUUUACAUGGGCGGUUAAAAAAUAUGAUACUUCAUAUUCCUGUAAAAUAAAUAUAUCAUUGCUCCUUUUAGUUUCCUGUUUGCUUAAUUACAAACUAUGCCACGUGGCAUUCGAUUUUGUACCUGAUAUCGCAUUGAAUUUAACUAUAGAGAUUCUGGAGUCGUUUUCAGAUGAUAACGACUACGUGGUUGAGAUUAUAUUGCUCGCACAUAGGCUUAGAAAUGACUUCAGGAUCGGUAGAUUAUGCACAAAGUUCCUUCGUGAACUGAAACAUCGCAAGAAUGUUAGCAGAAAGAUCAACGACUUGAUAACGCUUCAUAAGACGACUCCCGUAGACCUGCUCAUAGAGAGGCUGAGAAUAUUGUCAAAUUUGUCAGAUGUGUUGGCGUUGAACGAUAUUGGUAAUCUGAUAACAUAUUCAAAACUGCACAAGCUGGGCACUCCAAGCUUUGAGGAGCCGGCAUGGUUCUUAGAAUUAAAGGCUACUGAGCAGUUUAGAGAACUGUGCGAGUUGAGCGAGUCGAUGCUGAACAACGAGAAGACUAAGCUGAAGGUCCCAGGAUACUGUAUGUCGACGUCUUUCAGAAGGAUCAAGAUGAACAGAAGGUCGGCGCCGAACCUGAUACAAACGCACAACCACGUUUCAUACCUCAGGGAAAGGACCUCUAGGAGGAAGUGGCUCGGAGGAGCCAUGGACGACUAUCAUCCGGGGCCCGUGGAGGAAGGGUACGUGGUCUUGGACUUCUCGGAGCAGGUGAUAGCAAACCUGCUCUUCAGCAUCGAUGUGAGCAUGGCAGUGAUGGUGUGCGGCGAGUGUAAAAACUAUUACCUGAGGCUGCUGGCGAGAAGGCUCGGGAUCGACCCGAGCAAAGUGAACAACGUGUACACGGACGAGACGACGGACGUGAAGUCGCUGGUGGGAAACUGGGUCUCGAGAGAAAAGCUCGGAGAGUUCACGUUCAGCUACGGAGUGCUGGCGAGGGCGAUGAAGGAAGGGCGCUGGCUAAUAUUCGACUCGUACAUCUCGGACACGAUCUACUCGUUCCUGGUCGACGUGUGCAGUAGCGGCCGCUUGAACGUGCCAGAGUUGAAUGAGAAGAUAUACGCGCACGAAAACUUUCAGGUGUUCAUAAUACCCUACAGCAACAAUACGAAGAUUAAUGAGUUGAUGAGGCAGCUGGUAAAAGGACAACUGAGCAUAGGGACGAGAAACACGGUCACCAGCGGAACGGAUUACCUGUUCGGAGGGAUGUUUAAUAACGACGAAGUGCCGCUAGUUAACAUUCCAAGUCCGACCAGCAGUGAUGUGCUGAAGAUAUGCGAGACUUUGUACCCGAAUGAAAACAUCAAGGAGCUCGUGGUUAGCAUAUACAGCUUUGAGACGACGCACGGAGAGUACCUGAAGGUAACGAUCAGCAAGAUGGUGAGGCUGUUCAACAGGAUAUACACGUACCUGACGGUUGCAGAAAGAGGAAGAUUAACAAGGCACAAGACGUACAUGGGAGACGAAAUAAAAAUGCUGUUACUCUACGAAUUCUACAACGUAUUCGUUUGCGGGAUCGAAGUAAAGGAGGUUAGGGUGGACAUAAUGACGAAAAUGGCGCACAUGUUUGGAGUGAUAAUACACUCACUGGAGGAAGUAUUGGACUCGUUCAGAUUGAUAGAGCCGAUACUGGAAAGCAUCAUAUAUGAACUGAUGCUGGAAAAGAAGGUAUACCAAACGAUAAGUCAGUACAACGGCCACAACGCUGACAUCCUGAAGAUGAUAUACAUGAGCUUCGUAAGGAAGGAGCCAGUGCUGCUGGUGGGAGAGACGGGAACGGGAAAGACGGCAUUGGUGCAGAAGUUCGCGGAGAUCACGGGAAACACGCUUAAGGUGUUCGUGUUUAGCGAAAACUCAGAUUCGACAGAUCUGAUAGGCUCAUACUACCCAGUGGAAGAAGGUGAAGAGCCGGCAGCAAAGAAGGGGAUCAGGUUUAAAUUCUGUGAGGGAAUACUGCUGGAAUGUAUAAGAAAUGGGUACUGGCUCCUCCUGGACGAGAUUAAUCUGGCACAGCAGGACCUGCUGUACAAGCUUUAUUCACUCGUACACCACGUGUAUGAAAUGAACAAUCGGAGAUGGAGAGGAGCAGAUAAUGCGGAUCACAAUGGCACGAGAGGCAGUGAUUCUAUGGAAUUUUAUGAAUACAUGGACAAGGAGGUGCCAGUACAUAAGAACUUUAGACUCUUCUCGUGCAUGAACCCAGCAGUAAUAAGGAAGAACGAAGGAUAUAAGGUGAAUACGGGGAAGAAGGAGCUCCCAGAAACGUUUUCGAAGGUGUUCACUACGAUAUACGUGGAUCCAAUAAGCACGUAUGAUGCGCUCUUUAACGUGGCGACCUGUUACACGAGGAAUUUGACCAGAAACGUAAACUUGCGAGAACUAUGUUUGUUCUAUUUGAAAAUCACUGAGUUGGUGGACAGGUGUGAGAUAGAAGACGGGUCGCUGAAGUUGCCGAACUUCACACUGAGGAACUUCGUGAGGAGCGUGCAGUACAUAGUAAACCUGGCGACGAGAGAGUUCAGGCCGAUCACAGACGUAAAUAAGCUGAUGUACGACAGCAUAAGAGCAAAUUUCUUGUCAACACUGGGAACGAGUUCAGUGCAGAAGGCACUAGAAGUACUACCGCCGAUUAUAUCUGAGUAUUCGAAGGAAGAUUAUAGAAUCAGUGGAAAUGCAGGAAGGAAAUCUAACAGUGCAGUUGCAAGUUGUUGUAAAAAGUAUAUUAAAAUAUACGGGUACUGGGUAAAGUUAGGAGCAUCAAAUGGCGUAUCAACAAGCAUCGGAGGGCUGAUAAACAGAGAACGUGAAGUUGAGAAUAUUUCCUCAGAUGACUACGUGCUGUGCAAAAACAACCUGGGAUACAUGAUUAAACUGGUGAGGAUACUGAGCGGGUCGAGAGUGCCGAUACUGUUGCAAGGGCCGACGGCGGCAGGGAAGACGUCGCUGGUGAAGUACCUGUGCAAGCUGACGAAUCACACGUGCGUGAGGAUAAACAACCACGAACACACGGACAUCACGGAGUACAUAGGGCAGCAUCACUUCCAAGGAGGAAGGAUGGUCUUUGAGUACGGAACGCUGGUGGUGGCAAUGAAGUACGGAUACUGGGUGAUACUGGACGAGCUGAACCUGGCGUCCUCAGAGAUACUGGAGUGUUUAAAUCGCAUAUUGGAUGAUAACAGAGAAAUAUACAUAAGUGAAACGAAUGAAACGAUCAAGUGCCACGAAGAUUUCAUGAUUUUCGCAACGCAGAACCCGUCGGACUCGAUAUACGGAGGAAGGAAGCAGCUGUCAAGGUCGUUCACGAACAGGUUCAUACAGCUCUUCUUCGACGAGAUAUCAAACGAGGACCUGAAGACGAUAUUGCACAAACGGUGCCAAAUACCGCUGACAAAGUCGGAGAUAGUAGUCAGCCUGUACCAAAAGAUAAGGAGCGUGACUAUCAACUCGAUACUGUUUCAGAAGAACCAGAUUUUGAUCACGACAAGAGACCUGAUAAAGCUGGCGAAUCGGAUAAGAGACCAGUACUCGAAGGAACAAAUGCUGGUCCACUACUAUUCACUUAUUGCCGAGAAGCUGUACAACGACAAGGAAAAGGAGUCGAUACUGAGUAUACUCAACGAGUACUUUUACGCAAGUAAGGAGAGUAGAUCAGAUGGUGAAGCAGCUAGAACGAGUAGCAACGCGGUGUUAAAUGAGUCAAGAGCAUCAGGAACGUCGGCGGGGUCAGAGGAAAAAGCACUGGAGCAGAGUAGAGAAAAGAGAAGAAAGCUGAGCCAGAAGUACACAAUCUGCGAUGUGGAGCAGGAGUACGUGGAGCUGCUGAGGCGAGGCAACGGGACGUUCGACGUGGAAGACCUGAAGAGGUUCUUCGUGGCCAACGACUAUUACUGGAUAGAAGGAUACACAGACAGGAUCGUGUACUUGAUAAUGACGGCGCUCGCAAACAGGGAGAACGUGCUGCUGGUGGGAGAGACGGGGAUAGGAAAGACGACGAUCGUGCAGCUGCUGGCGAAGUUCCUGAGCGUCAAGCUGAACAUAUUCAACUGCAACCAGAACACGGAGGCCUCGGACUUCAUAGGCUCAAUAUGUCCAACAACAGAAACGAGAAGUGCGGAUGAGUUGUUCAAGUGGGUCGACGGGCCCCUGAUCAACAGCAUGGUCAGAGGAGAGUGGUUCCUGCUGGAUGAAAUUUCGCUGACCGAGGACUCAGUGCUGGAAAAGAUUAACUCGGUGCUGGAGUUUGAAUCGUACAUAGUGCUGAAUCAGACUAUACUCAGCACUGGCAACAGCACGAUGGACCACGAUGGCAGUGCAAAUGAGCAGAUAAGAUGCGUGUAUAGCCACAAGGACUUCAGGCUUUUCGGCGCAAUGAACCCGGGAAACGACUAUGGAAAGAAGGAGUUGUCGCCAUCGCUCUCGAAUAGAUUUACGCAAAUAUACGUGCCGCCAAUACCAAUAACUGACCUGAGGAUCCUAACGAACAUCAUCAAGUACCACAACGAUAACAGAGUUAUUGAAGACUGGUUUGUUAACUCGACGAAGGAGAUCAUAGAGAGGCUAAUGGCAAGGAACGGGAACGGUGAAAACUACAUAACGAUAAGGAAUCUUAUCAUGUGGUCAAACUACUAUUUCAGAACGCUGGAUGCGGAAAAGAGCGACAAGGGGUUUAUAUACAUGGAAGGGUUGCAGAUAUCAAUACUGAACUCAUAUAAGGAAAAGCCAAUAGACGAGAAGCAAAUAUAUGAAAUAGUAGGAAAAUACGCCGAGUUGAGUGACCAGCGUGAUGAGAAACAGCCUGAGACAGUGGAAAGUAAAAUUGAAAGUGUGCUGUUGAAGUCGUAUUAUAGUUUGAAUUACAUCUCAGUGUUGCUGGAAGGGAACCCGGGAGUUGGAAAGACGUACGGAGUGUAUAAACUGGCAGAAAGGUUGAAAAGGAAACUGAUAAGAGUAAACCUGAACGAAUACACAGAUAUGUCGGAUCUGCUGGGAACGUACGUGCCAGGGAAUUCUGAAAGUGAAGUUAAUAUUGGUGCUAAGAAGGGAUUCAAAUGGGUAAAUGGGCCAUUGCUGGAAUGUAUGAUCAACGGAUACUGGCUGCUCCUGGAUGAGCUGAACCUGGCGUCCUCAGAGAUAUUGGAGGGACUGAACAGCGUGUUGGAUCACAGAAGAGACCUGUAUAUACCGCAGCUCAACAUGAGUCUGAAGUGCCACGAGGACUUCAGAAUAUUCGCAACGCAGAACACAGUGACGGCAACAAAUUACAGGAAGCACAUGCCGAGGUCGUUUCUUAACAGGUUCAUAAGGCUGUCAGUGCCGGAUUUGACGUACAAGGACUACCAAGGAAUCCUGGCGAGGAUGUUUCCAGAGCACGUGGGACUGAUAGGCAAAUACGUUAAUUUUAUAAUGAUGACGAGCUCAAAGACCGCGCCGACGAGAUUUGGACAAGGUCAGCCUAGGGCAAGUGGGUUGUGGAACCUGAGAGACCUGAUUAACAUAUUUAAGCUGAUAGGGCAUUAUGGUGAACUCAGAGCAAUAGAAGUUAUCGCUAACGCCAGCGAGAAAGAGAGUCCAAAGGAGAGGAAAAGGUGCAGAAAAUAUAUGAAUAGGAUAUACGACAAUGAAAUGGGAGGCUUGACGUACCUGGUGUACUUGGACUACCUGCAGAUAUACAACGACCUGCUGUCCCUGCACCAGUUCAAACUGCCGAUUCUGAUCAUUUACAACAGCAGUCACCUGAAUUAUGCAUCGAACGUGGUGAAGUCGUUCCACAGACUGGUGCAAGCGAAGGCGCCGAACACGUGUUGUAGAAAGGGCAGGCUGAAAAGCGUGAAACUGUACAACAACAGCGACAUUAACGACCUCCUGGGAUCGUAUGAGCAGGUAAACGAGAAGUAUGCGUACAACUGCGUGUGUGAGCUGUAUGAAAAAUUGACUACAAUCGCAACCGUACACUAUACGGACCUUUAUCAUCAGUUUAUAAUGUCAGAAUACAGUAAAGAGUGGGCUAAUACUAGUUCGAACGUUGGUACCCAUGACCAUAGCAAUAUUGAAACGGAAAAUAAGACAAGGAACAACUUUGGCACUGUCAGUAACGUCAAGGACGACAAUAGUGAUGGUGGAGACGAGGGAAACAUAGCUUUCAAGUGGAUAGACAGUGACAUAAUAAGGGCAAUAGAAUCGGGAGAUUGGGUGCUGAUAAACGACAUUCACCUGGUGUCAUCGUCGUUGAUGGACAGGCUUAAUUCGCUUCUCGAGCCGACAAGGGAUAUGAAUGUUAAUGAGUGUGGAUACAAUAGAAACAUAAAAGUGAACGAGGACUUUAGAAUAUUCUUUACGGUACAGGAGGAGCAUAUAGAUAGGCUCACAGACUCGUUUCUAAACAGAUGCAUUCAGAUCAACCUGAACACAGUGAAGGUGUUGAACACGACGAAGUCGUUGCUGUUGUCGUCAAUAUAUGACCCGUUCAUUAGUGAAAAUAGGGAGUUGUUUACGGGACAGUUGAGGUGUGUGCAGAUGUACGAGUUUUAUAACGCACUCAACAUAGUGAGGAAUGUGGUCAAGGACGGCAUGUUCUUCGAAAAGUCAUUGACCGAGUUGAUUUUCAUAUGUCUGGUCUUCGUGUUCAUGAAGAACAUGUAUCAAGUUAAGAAGAUGCUGCUGGUGUAUUUUGUAAGGUACUACGAGAACGUGGGAAAGCUGAAGGAGGCAUUUAACUCAGCAUGGAGUUUGUACGCAGUCUUGAAUUCAUAUGAAGAUAACACAAUCAGAGGAAUCGGAGUCAAAUUGAUUGAAUAUUUGAUGGUCAGAUGCCACCCACUAAAAGCCCUAACGAAUAAACACUACUUGCUGCUGAGGGAGUUCAUAGAAAAGGUGCUGUCAAAAAAAAUAAGCAUCGAUGAACAGAUGAUGGUUAAUGACGUGGAAUUGACGAAGCUGUACGAAGAAUAUUACCCAGACUCGAUAUACGGACAGGUGUGGCACCUGCAGAAGGGAAUACGUCAUAAGAAGGACCGCAGGCACUACAGUUUGUUUGCGCUCAAAGAAAACAUGGCCACGAGGGUUCUGUACCACGUGUACUCACAAGAGAAAAAAGUGACCGUGAAAAUCCUGAAGCUGUUCAUGGUAUUGCUGAGUACGAAUGAGGAGUUGGAAGAAAUAAUAGGGGAAAACAUGGACCUGGUGCUGAAGAGGGACGAAGAAUUAGUUAACACGUUGCACUUUCUGGAUUUCGUAACAAAAAAUAUCGGCGAGGGCCAGAAGGUUGCGAGUGCAAACCAAGGAGAAGACGGGAACGCUGAAAACACGGCACAAGGAAUUAGCAUAGGAAAGAUAUACAUAAUAAACAAGUCGCUGAGUAAGUAUAAGUACGUGUUAGACUUCGAUGUAAAGGAAAAGUUCAGCAUUAUAAAGAAGUUUGACAUGGCAACAGGAGUAAAGCCGUUGGACGUGGGUCUGGAGCGUAGGAGCCGGGAAGUAGUGAUUCAAGAAAAGGAGGAGUUGAUACUGGAAAAGUUCGUGCUGAAGAGAGUGAUGUUCCUGAUAAACAGACUGUUCCAUGACCAUUUCGUGGAAUCGGAGCCGAAUGUGCAUAUAAUGGAGUAUUUUGGCGAGUUGAACGGAGUAAUAGAAGUGCUUAACCCUGGGAUGAGUCAGCAUUUCACAACAACAGUGAGAAGAAUAGCAGCCACGGUAAAAAGGUUCUACGAAACCAGUGAAAUGAGGCUCCUCUUUGAAGUAUUGUGCGAAGUAUACGUGCUGUACAACCACUACCACCACGAUAACGCAGGGAAUGGAGAAAGGGAGGAAAUGGUGUCGUACCUGCGCCACAUGUUGUUCCCAGAAUCGACGCUGAAUCCAGUGCACAAGAACGAAGAAGAGCAGAUAAACCAUGAAACUAGUCUCAGUAGCCUCGUAGAGAACGUUAAUAGGAUGAAGCUGAUAGAGUACCUGAACAGGUUCUCGCACGCGCUGUGCUACUACACGUUCCUGUUCAUGCAGCUGCUCUACAACGCGCCGUACAUAAAGCAUCACCUGUUUCAGCUGGGACUGAAGGUUGACCUCGAGGGUUUCAUCAGGUGCCUGUACAGGAAGAUCAUGGGCGUGCAGGAGUCGAGUGAGAGCGUGAACAAGACGGCAGUGUCGAUAGCGACGAUCACGCUCUUCCUGAGGAACAACCCGAAGAAGGGAGACAUACACGAGGUGUGCAGCACCACGAACGACAAGCUGCAGAGCGCAAUGCUGCUGAAGCUACACGACAACAUGGUGCACUUCAGCCUCCUCAUCGUCCCGCACGUGAGCGAGUUCCUGAGGAAGCUGGAGUCGUACCACAGGAACAGGUUCAUGGAGUACGAAAAGCAGCAGAUGCGAGAGCUGUACCUGGCACUCAACAUCCUCGACUCGCUCUCAAUGGGAUACGCGCUGAACAACAAGUACCUGUACGACUACGUGGAGAGGCUCUACGAAAACAAGGACUCGGUGCCUCUGAGCAAAAUAGAACGCGUGAACGACGACGACCUUGACAUUGUGGUCGACUUUAUAGUGGAAUACGACAAGUUUAAGGCGGGAUACCUGAAGCUGCAGAACCCAUUCAACUACCACGCGACGAAGGAAACGGCCGACGAGGCGGAAAUGGCCGGAUUGAUAUGCGGAAACAAGAAGAGGGUGCUCGAGGCGAUAAGGAACUUCAUAUCGCACGUGGCGACGAAGUACGCAGCCAUAAAGGAGGUGAUUCAGCACCCGAUCAUGGUACUGCACUCAAUGCUCUUCCACUACCACCUGACGGAGGUCAUUCGCGCAUCUGACCCUAAGGAGGACCACAUGAGGUGGGAAAACUACAUCAGCCUCAACAACACGCUCAACAAGUUUAACCCGGUGCUGAAGACGCAGUUUGUAAGUCACAGGAACGACGGCGCAGAGUUUUCGCACAUGAUUCAGCUGUACCUGUUCUGUCUGGCCCACAACAAGCGCAACUACUUUGUCUGCGCCUACUCGCUGUUAUCGUUGAACGUGUACACCGAUUUUAACUACUAUGACAUCAUGCAGACAACGUUCUACUACCACUUUCUGCAGUCCCACAACUUUGACCAUUUAGUAUUGCACUCGAAGGACACACUUAACACGAACGACGGGGUUUAUGAAUUUGACUCGCGUUUGGGUAGGAGAAUAAACGAGGGAAAGCUCCUGUUGAGUGUCACGAAGGCACUGAAUUCACUCAACUAUAAAAUCACUGAAAUGUUAUCAAUAUACGGAAACGAUCCGAUCCUGACGGACAUUCAAGCAUUUGUAAGUGGAUAUAUACCAUCUGUUGCAUCACUAGUAAUAAUGACUGUGACCAAUUUUAACCUGAAGAACCUGACGGAAAGGUCCAAUAUCGCAAAUAUGCUCAUGAACCUGGCGUCGAAGCUGAAUCACCUGGCAUCGAUAUCGACCAGUGACUUUGCAUUGAUGAUCAGAACGCACGAAACUAAGGUGAAGGAAUUAGUGGAAAGCUAUAAAACGAUGAGGAUGGAAGACGUCAAAGAGUUCAAUGAAGUUAUUCUGGAGAAUCAUAAGUUGCUGCAGUUCGACCUGGUUUUUCGACAAGUGCUGACGAUCCUGAUGAGUUAUUUGGAAGCCAUCGAUAGUAAUACGGGCGAUCACAUGUCUCCAGAGUUAUACGCAUCAAUAAACGAAAUUAAGAAUAGCUUGAUAAACUACCUGUUUCAAGGAGGCAUCGUUGGGAUACUGGUGAUGAAGCCAGUAUUCAGUACCAUUCUCAUAACCUUACCAGAUUGCAAUAAGGCACGGCUUUUGUCGGAACUGUUUGAGUACAUCUUGUUUUUCUUCAAAGGAUAUGAAGGUGUGGUAAAAGAGUACGUUGAAGAGUUGAAUAGAAGUUAUGAGGAGGCACUUAAGGCGUAUGUAAAGUUAAAGGAAGUUAACUGUAAGAAGGCAAUAAAUAGUUACAAGGAGGGCUUGAACAUUAGGUUCAUGAGCCUCUAUACCUCAAGGGUACUGGUGAAUAGCGCACAGCCGAUGGUUUAUAAUGAAUUAAAAACGGAUAUGUUAACGAUGCUUAAAAGGAACUACGAGUACAUAUUGAAUAAUUCAAAUGAAAUGACGCUGCAACAGUACAGUAGGAUCAUGAACUCAGUAUUUCAACAGCUGGAGCUGUUAGAAUCGGAGAUUAAGGUGGAAUUUGAUAUUCCAAUAGCAAAACAUCGAACGGAAGAUGGGAUUGCAUACCAUAGGUUCAUUGAAUUUGACUCGAUUAAGUCAACCGAUGAGGUUUAUGAAGACCCCUUCGUUGAAUAUAACACGUACAUGGAGCAGUCACUAGGUUAUUUGUUCAGAUCGUUCAAUACGCUGCACGAUGUUGGCUACAUUGUGUCAGGAAGAGUAACGAACGAGAACUAUAACGUAGACCUGUUUGCUAAGAUAAUCAACGAGAGGGCGUUGAACCAAAUGUAUAAAACCAUGAACAUGAUACUGGAAUCGGCAGUAAUGAACUACAAUAAGUUCAACGCCGACAAGUUUGACCUGCUCGUAAAGUCGUGUCCGAACCAUAGAACGAUCGUGGAAAACAAGUUCGCCAGCAUGCUCGUGACUGUGAAUGAACUGAUAGUGACAAUUAAGCAAUACCUGAGUUGCACUAACUACUCGUUCUACCUAGAAGAAAAUGAAGUAAACAAUGGAAGCAUAGGCGUGCCAAAGGUAGAAGCGAAGAGAGAGUUGCACAGCAUAUGCGUCCAAAUAGAAAGGCGCGUGAAGAGUAGCAUGGAGUAUUCAGCAUUCAUGAGCACAAAUAAGAGGGAGAUGCACAGGAAGAAGAUGGUGGUUACGACGAAACUUGCGGAUGAUCUGAUGGAAUACAUUGACGUGUUGGAGAGAGAGGUGUACAAAAUGGUUAACAACAUACAAAUAACGAAUAUAAAGAAGUUGAUAAAGAUUCUGAGGAGUGAGCUAUUGUUACUAGUAUCAAGAGGGGAUGACGGAGCCCAAAAUAAGGCUAUUGUUAACACCAACAAUUCUAAUAAGGCUAUUGUUAACACAAACAAUUCUAAUAAGGCUAUUGUUAACACCAACAAUUCUAAUAAGGCUAUUGUUAACACCAGCAACUUAAAUAGCGUUAAAGUUAACACCAACAAUUCUAAUAAGGCUAUUGUUAACACCAACAAUUCUAAUAAGGCUAUUGUUAACACCAGCAACUUAAAUAGCGUUAAAGUUAACACCAGCAACUUAAAUAGAAGUUAUGUUAACAGUGGUGAUGCGACGGAGAAUGCACAGGCCUGGAAACUCGAUGCGUCAAGUGUGAAGGAAUAUAAAGCAGGAACAGGGCUUGAUGAAGGAAUAGGAAUAAAGAACAUAUCGAGUGAAGUAAAAGAAGAUGAUUUGAACAUGGAGGACGUGACAAGAAAGGAUGAAACUAAGCAAGAAGAGGAUAGGGAAGAUGAAAUGAAUCUGGAUGAAGAAGAUAACAUUAAUGUCGAUUUCGAUGAACAAGGAGAAAACCUGGAAAUGGAAAAGGUGAACGAGGAAGAGUUGGCAGGAAAAGAUGAAGAUGAAUUGGAAAAAAUGGAGGAUGAUUACAGCAAUCAAAAGGACGAGGACGAUGAAAAUAAGAAUAACGAAGAACAAUUGGAAACAGAGGAAGUUAAAGUGGGAGAUGAAGUGGACUCGGAAAAUAUAAACAUAGAACGUGAGUAUAAAGAGUCAGCAGAGUCAAAUGAAGAAUUGGAUGGCUACAAGGAAGACGCAUGUGAAGAUGAUAUUGAAGGCAACGAUGGCACUAAUGAAGAAAAGGUGGAAGAAAAGGACAGUAAAGAUUACAAUACUGAUGGUGAUAAGGUAGAUGGUGAUCAGGACGAUAACAAUCUGGAUGACGAAGAUACGCCAAGCAAAGAAGAAUCGGCAAUUAACGAAGAUAAGAGUAAAGAACAAUCUGAGAACGAGGGUGAAGACGAAGAUAAGGACAAAGAACAAUUGGACAAUGCGGGUGAAGAUGCAGACAGCAAAGAACAAGAAUUGAAAGAGGAGAAGAGUGGAGAAUUGCAGAGUGAAUCGACAACGACGUAUAAUCAAGAAGCAUAUGGAGUUCAGAACAAGGGGUAUGAUACUAUCGUCAGUGACCUUCAACAGAUCAACAUCAGAAGCGCGCUAUCAGCGUCAUCAUACAGCAAUGAACAGUCGAGAGUGCAGUCGACAAGGAUUGAAAAUAUACAAAAACAAGAAGUUGACGAGCAGGAGGCCCAUGGAGAUGAAAAGGAAAGGGCCGAUGCAGUGAACACGAGUAAACUUAUAAGGCAGGAUGGCUUGAACACACCAUCAGACAACUCGCAACUGUUUGAGUACUUUAACUCGAAGGUCAACGACACAGCAGUUCUAGGAUUAGGAAAAAUUAAUAAGCGACCAUAUGAUGACAUCGAGAGACUGGAAAAGGAAAGUGGAAUGGAAGUGGAUGAUGAAGAGGAAGGUUGUGACGAUAAGAUUGAUGAAUUGGAAGGAGAUAGAAAUAAAAUGGAACUAAUUCAAGAUAGUGAAAAUGGUAUAGUGAAGAUGGAUGUUGACACGGAUCACGGGAUUGACGUGAAGGAGGAGCAGGACAGAAUACACGUCAACAGCGAUUUGCUGUUCACGAACGCAGUAGAAAACGUAGAAGCCAUAGAGUAUCUUGUAAAGCAGGACGGCGAAGUUGAGAGGUCCUUGAAUCUGGAGCAGCUGGCAGAUAGGAACAGUCUGAUCCAGUUGUCAAACAACCUGCUGUCUCAACUGAGGAUCAUAUUGGAGUACAACUACGUCAACAGUCUCAAGGGAUACUAUAAGCACGGGAAGAGAAUAAGCAUAAAGAAGCUGAUGAUAUUCAUAGCAACCAACUACCAGAGGGAUAAAAUAUGGCUUAAGAGACUUAAGCCACAGAAGAGAGACUACUUUAUCCAAAUCGCAAUAGAUAACACGAAAAGCAUGAGCGCAAUAGCGAAGAUAUCAAUACAGACAAUCGUAGUAAUAUACGAGGCUAUCCACAAGUUGAACAUUGGAACACUAAACGUAAUUAAGUUUGGAGCAUACACGCCCGAAGUCAUACUGAAUAACAUUAACACAGCUCAUAAUGACAAUUGGAUGCUCAGGUUGAGUUUCGACGAGGAAAGCAAGUUCUCCUAUGAAACGGGGCUCAUUCAGCUCUUCCAGUUUAUACUGGCGCAGCCGCAUUUCAUAGCGUCCAAGAACAAAAUACUGAUCAUCAUUUCCGACGGUAAAUUUAACAAAAACAAGGUCAGGAAGUACCUGAUUAACAUCAUUAACCACAACGUUGUGCCGUUGCUGGUGGUCCUGGACCCUCAAAACAGUAUAACGAACAUGAAGCACAUAAUCAACACAGAUGGAAGGCUGGUAAUUGAAAAUUACUUGGACAACUUCCCCUUUCCGUACUACUCGAUCAUAAGUAACAUUAACAAUCUACCGAACAUUCUCUCAGACCUACUAAGGUAA